UGGUAUAAUCGGAUGGAGAAAUGGUUUAACGGAAGCAAACUGUGGUUACUCGGAAACCAGCUUCAACUACUUCCUAAGCGAACGAGAACUCCUUCAAGGACAAUGGAACGGUACGAGAAAAUAAGUAAAUUAGGAGAAGGCAGCUACGGCAUCGUUUAUAAAUGUAGAAAUAGGGAUACUGGAGAGAUUGUAGCAAUUAAAAAAUUUGCUGAGAGCGAAGAUGAUCCACUGAUUAGGAAAAUUGCACUGAGAGAGAUAAGACUUCUUAAGAAUCUAAAGCAUCCAAAUCUAGUCAACCUCAUAGAAGUGUUCCGCCGAAAAAGGCGCUUGCAUCUGGUGUUUGAGUUUUGCGAGAGGACAGUAUUAAACGAGUUAGAAAGGUAUCCAAGAGGGUGCCCGGAACUCCUUUGCCAACAAAUCAUAUGGCAGACUCUACAGGCGGUUGAAUACUGCCAUCAGCAUGGUUGCAUACAUCGCGACAUCAAGCCAGAAAAUAUACUCCUUACGGCCAUGGGUGUGGUCAAACUGUGCGACUUCGGAUUUGCCAGAAUGUUGAAUCCUGGCGAAAAUUACACUGACUAUGUAGCUACCCGUUGGUACAGAGCACCAGAACUUCUAGUUGGAGAUACACAAUAUGGUACACCUGUUGACGUAUGGGCUAUUGGAUGCGUUUUAGCAGAACUAAUCAAAGGGGAAGCUCUGUGGCCUGGAAAAUCAGAUGUAGAUCAACUUUAUUUAAUUAGAUGUACAGUUGGUGAUUUUUUACCUCGUCACAUGCAAGCUUUCAAAAAUAACGAUUUCUUUCAAGGAGUAAUUUUACCAGUUCCCUCACAGCUAACUCCGCUUGAAGUUAAAUUGCCGCUCUGCAGCACUGUUAUUUUGGAUUUCUUGAAGAAAUGCUUAGAUAAAGAUCCUUCAAAAAGGUGGACAUGCAAAGAUCUACUAACUCACAAGUAUUUCGAAAAUUUCAAUUUUAAAGUAGACGAAAAUGAGGUGCAAAACAAUGACAGAUCUUCUAGAGAUAAGUCUCGGAAUUCAAGCAAUGGAAUGUCCUUACCACAACUAACAGGUUCGAAACCUAUAAGUCCAUUCAAACCAUCCAAUAAUAGUCAGCAAAAAUCUAAAGUUGAUCACUUGCCAACCAUUUGACAAAGAUUUUCUUUCUUCAAAUGAUUUUUGUAGAUUAAAAAUUCAUUUGUUGAAAUCAGUUUGUUUGGCCGCACAAGAUCUUCAUACAAAACAGUCAGUUUUUACAGUAUAUAACACAUCAACUCUUU